GUCAAAGCAAAACAAAAUUAAAAAGUACAAGUUCGCAAAGAAAAAAUGGCAGCUUCAAAGCUCACUAACGAAGAGAAACUGAAACGUCUCAUUUACGUGUGCAACGUAAACCCAAAGUAUUACUGCGGUGGCCCGGACAAGUACGUAAGAGUAUGCAAACAAAGAUUCGAACUACUGCAGGAGAUGAUGAAGGAAAAUCACGAGGAACUAAUCGGAGUUAUGCAGUCAGUUAAUUCGGAUCCUUUAAUACCGUACCGUUCGAUAAUCUACCAUACUUUGGCGUACGGUGCGGUUAUUAGCGGAGAUGCGAAAUGCAAAAACGCCGUUAGUAGAAGCGUUUUGGGUUUAAUAAAAAGCGAUAAAGAACUGUUUGAUUUCAUCAUGUAUUCUACUAAGUUCCACACGCAAGCCAAAAUAUCGAAGAGCGUCAGAAAAACUAUCACCGCAUUCUACAAGAAGAAAAGCUCAACGGAAUUAGCUCAACUUUACGCUGCCAGUAAAAGCUGUCACGGAUGGUCGCACAAGGAUCUGAUAAAAUUGUGCCAUCUAAAAUCCGAAUCUACAACUUACAACGCAGUUGUGAACUACAUUUUAACCAACAAAAUAGUCGACAAUAACGACGACGAAGCGAAGAAACUAAUAGAAGUCAUGCGAAAGUCCGAUACCCUCAGGAAAACCUCCGAUCUCAAAAUAGCCGUACCUCUCAUCGAAGAAUUGAAAGCUACGAUACACCAAGUGGAGCCCAAAUUAAAAAAAUCCGCCGAAGUUUGGAACGCGGCGCUUUCGAACAUGUCGCUGGCCGAUGUCCUCAACAGCAUGCCCAAACUGUACAAGCUGGGCUUCUUGAAGAAAGAUUCGCCGAUCCAAUCGAAAAUCGCCGAAUUGUUAACCAAUUCCGAUACUAUCAAAAGCAGCAACGUCCAUCCGAUGGAAGUUUUCAUACACAUGAAGAACUUCGAGAAAGGCGGAAAACCGUUAGACGUGAAGUUGCUGGCGCACUUGAUCGAAGAAAAGAAACUACCCGACGAGGAAAUCGCCAAGCUGAAAACCGCGAACGAAGUCAAAUGCCAAAUACUGCUGGGCAACCUGCUGAAAUGCAUGAGCAUAUCCUGCAAAAACGUCAGACCCAUCGGUAAAAGGUACUUGAUAACCAUCGAUACCACGGACAAGAUGGACGCGCCUUGUUUGAGCAACAAAACCAUCACUGGUAUAGAAGCAGCGGCCGCCUUCGCUUGGUACCUCCUGCGCGUCGAACAGUCCGUUACGGUGGCUGUAUUCAAAGAGAAAGAAAUUUCCCUAGUCCCUCUCGAAAGAAAGGGUCAAUUGAAGGAGCACAUCGGGAAAUUGAGAGAGAAGAAAAGCAAGUAUUUACAUCUCGCGGCGCCGUUCGAAUGGGCUCUUACAAAUAAAAAGCACUUCGACGUGUUCCUCAACUUCGUCCAUCACAACGAAUAUUGCGCAGGCGCGCCGGAAGGAGCGAGAGAGAAAAUCGCCAAGCCAAUGGAAGCCUUCCAGAAGUACAAGCAGAAGCUCAAAGAGCCGAACGCAAAGCUCGUUAAUUUCUGUUUGUCUUCCCCGCACUUGGACGUGGCUGAUGGUUCUCCGAACGUUCUGGAUGUGUCCGGUCUGGAUUUGGGCGUUCCGAAGCUGGUAGAAGCCUUUUGUCGGGAUAAUUUCCAUUAAGGCCCGCGAAGCGUUAAACUGAGUACGUCCAUCCGCAAUAAAGGUGUUCAUUUCUCGAUUUUUUCGGGGAUAUUUUCGCAUAGCGAAUUUUUAUAUACGGAUUUUUGUUUGGAAUUCAGCGCGAAACGAAGAUAGGUACUUAGUUUUUUUUUUUCGGGUCACUAGAUCGCGAAAAUUUGACAAGUGACAGAAAUGACAUUUGUUCUAGAAAUAAAUGUAUCAUAUCGAGUUUUUUAUGAAGAUGUUAUUAAGAAUUGUAAGUUGUUGAAAAUUAUUUAUUCUACUGCCAAAAAUAUUCCAAAUAAAUUGGAAAAUAAUACCGAAUAUUUUUUAAUCGUAAAUGUCAUUUCUGUCAACCUGUCAAAAAACAGACUAAUGUGAUCUAGAGAUCCUAAGUUUCUCGAGUUUGAUUGAAUUAAUGCAAAUUCAAUCGUGAAAUGCUUUUUAUAUAAGUUAGCUGUAAGAUUGGUAAUAAUUAAUCGUCUGCGCGCGCACGGCUAGGUUUGUGAUAUAUAUUUUUUUAUCAAUUUACAUUAAUUAAUCGUUUUCCGUUGGACGUAAAACCUACAGUACCUUUUUUUUCUACUUUUUUAAAUUUAUAUUUUUGUUAUUUGUGGUUGUAGCUUUUAUUCCAACAAAAAAAAUAUACCAAACAUUUUCAGUUUACAGUAAUAGUUUUUUAUACAAAACGAAAAAUCUAGUCAAAUUGAUGGAGUCUUUUACAAUAUGAAAAAUGUACCUAAAAUUUAUUAUGCUUUACAAAUAACCGAGCGGGAGUAUAUUCGACGAAAGAAAAGGUUUUUGUUCGAUGAAUAUUUGAAAAAUAGUUACGUGCCUUUGAAUAAUACAAGACUGUAGUGAUACUUUGAUUUGAACAUGAUCGAUUCAAAAACAAAAGUACUUUUGAUAGUGAGAA